AUGUCGGACGACGCUGGAUUCUUCAAACGCACGUCCGAGGCUGUCGCCAAUGCCGGUGCCUCUGUUGCUGGCGCGGUUUCCGGUUCCCUGUCCCUGGGCGCCUCGGCCAGCCACAAGAAAACAACGACGACAAAGACAAAGACCACCCUUCCGACAGCAGAGCAACAGCAAUACAUUGUCGCGAAUGGAGGAGCGGGACAGCCUGCUCAAGGACGCAUCACUAGUGGUGGAGUGGGCGAGCAGAAGAGGAUCACGUCAAAGGAGGCUGAUGCUUUGUACCAGGAGCGCAUGGAGGACGAGUAUGCAAAGAGGGAGGGCGGCGCUUGA